GCACACACGAGUACAGUCUACAGAGUACAUGACACAUACCAACUCGUUCCUUGUUACGUUCAUAAUCAUUCAACAUCAUCAGAUCGGAAAACCCCCCAACAAACAGCAGAUCUCCAAUUCUUCAUUCUCACGUUCUCUCAAAUAAUCGGUCGUCGGAAAGCCCUAAUACUCUCCGACGCCGGCGAAUCAAGAUCGUCGCCGACGCUGGCGAAUCAAGAUCGUCGCCGACGCCAUGGCUCCGCCUGCAUAUCAAUCCCAACGAUCUUCUUCUUCCCCUUCUCAACCUUCCGGGAAAAGCGAAGUUUCAGAUUUAAGAUUACAGCUACGGCAACUUGCGGGAAGUCGUGCGCCUGGAGUUGAUGAUUCUAAGCGCGAGCUCUACAAGAAAGUGAUCUCCUACAUGACAAUUGGCAUUGAUGUUUCGUCGGUUUUUAGUGAAAUGGUCAUGUGCUCUGCCACAUCAGACAUAGUUCUAAAGAAAAUGUGUUAUCUGUAUGUGGGAAAUUAUGCCAAGUCCAAUCCUGAUAUUGCGCUUCUCACUAUCAACUUUCUUCAAAGGGAUUGCAAGGAUCAGGAUCCAAUGAUUCGUGGUCUUGCCUUGAGGAGUCUUUGUUCGUUGCGUGUUCCGAAUUUGGUUGAGUAUUUGGUUGGGCCUUUGGGCUCUGGGUUGAAAGAUGGUAGCAGUUACGUGAGAAUGGUUGCUGUCAUGGGAAUCUUGAAACUAUAUCAUAUUUCUGCUAAUACUUGCAUUGAUGCUGAUUUCCCUGCAACACUCAAGCACUUGAUGCUCAAUGAUCCUGAAACCCAGGUUGUUGCUAAUUGUUUAUUAGCCCUGCAAGAAAUAUGGAGUGGGGAGGCAAGUUCCUCUGAAGAAGCAUCCAGGGAGAGAGAUUCUUUGCUUAGGAAGCCACUUAUAUAUUACUUUUUGAAUCGGAUCAGAGAAUUUGGUGAAUUUGCUCAAUGUCUUGUGCUCGAGUUGGUUGCCAAAUAUGUGCCAUCUGAUAACAGUGAAGUAUUUGACAUCAUGAAUCUUCUUGAGGAUAGGCUUCAGCAUGCUAAUGGUGCAGUUGUUUUAGCCACCAUCAAGGUGUUUAUGCAGUUAACCUUGUCCAUGACGGAUGUUCAUCAACAGGUGUAUGAACGUAUCAAAGCCCCACUUAUUACUCUUGCCAACACAGGGAGUCAUGAACAGUCUUAUGCAGUGUUAAGCCAUCUUCAUUUGUUGGUGAUGCGUGCACCAAUGCUGUUUUCUUCUGAUUACAAACAUUUCUAUUGCCAUUAUAAUGAACCAUCUUAUGUCAAAAAGUUGAAGCUUGAAAUGUUGACUGCAGUUGCGAAUGAGGAUAAUACUUACGAAAUUGUGACAGAAUUAUGUGAAUAUGUUGCCAAUGUUGACAUCCCAAUUGCACGUGAAUCUAUCCGAGCUGUUGGGAAGAUAGCUCUUCAGCAGUACGAUGUAAAUGCAAUUGUUGACAGGCUACUUCAGUUUCUAGAAAUGGAGAAGGACUACGUGACAGCUGAGACUCUUGUCCUUAUCAAAGAUUUGCUGCGUAAAUAUCCCCAAUGGAGCCAUGAUUGCAUUGCUGUUGUUGGAAGCAUCAGUAGCAACAAUGUUCAAGAACCAAAAGCUAAGGCAGCUCUUAUUUGGAUGCUUGGGGAGUAUGCACAAGAUGUGGCAGAUGCUCCCUAUAUUUUGGAAAGUAUGAUUGAGAACUGGGAAGAAGAAGAUUCUGCUGAGGUUCGUUUGCACCUUCUAACAGCAUCAAUGAAAUGCUUCUUUAGAAGACCGCCUGAAACUCAAAAGGCACUGGGAACUGUAUUGGCAGCUGGAAUUGCUGAUUUUCACCAGGAUGUCCAUGACAGAGCCUUAAUGUACUAUAGGCUUCUUCAACAAAGUCCGUCUAUAGCUGAGAAGGUGGUAAAUCCUCCAAAGCAAGACGUGUCAGUCUUUGCUGAUACUCAGAGCAAUGAAAUCAAAGAUCGCAUAUUUGAUGAGUUCAACAGUCUAUCUGUUGUAUAUCAGAAGCCGUCCUUCAUGUUUACUGACAAGGAACACCGUGGGCCAUUUGAGUUUUCUGAUGAACUUGGUAAUUUAUCGAUUGGAUCAGAAUCUGCCAACAGUGUGGUUCCUGCUCAGAUAGUUGAUGCUAAUGACAAGGAUCUUCUUCUCAGCACAACAGAAAAGGAAGAUAGUAGAGCUUCCAGUAAUAACGGGGAUGGUUACGGUGCCUCUCUUAUUGAUGCAUCUUCAGGACCUCUGGUUGCUGUAGAUACACAGCCAGCAGUACAAGCUGCACAGGCGAGCAUGGCUAUUGAUGAUUUACUUGGCUUAGGUAUCACUGCACCUGCUCCUCUUCCACCUUCGCUGAAACUUAAUGCAAAGGCUGUUAUAGAUCCAGGGACUUUCCAGCAAAAAUGGCGGCAGUUACCCGUAUGUUUAACUCAGGAAAUCCAGAUGACUUCCCAAGGUGUUGCGGCAUUAACCACACCCCAACCCCUUAUCCAGCACAUGCAAGGGAACUCCAUACACUGCAUUGCCUCAGGUGGUCAAUCACCAAAUUUCAAAUUAUUUUUCUUUGCUCAGAAAGCGGAGGACACAUCCACAUUUUUGGUAGAGUGUGUUAUUAACAAAUCAUCAAGUAAAGCUCAAAUAAAGAUCAAAGCCGAUGAUCAAAGUACAUCGAAUGCCUUCUCAGAAUCAUUUCAGUCAGUUUUCUCCAAAUUUGGCAUGUCCUGAUUCACCACCCAUGUUUUAUUUUCUGCUGCUUAUGGGCAAAUCUGUGGAGUCCGUCUCAGUUUUCCCUCUCUUUAUUCUUCUUUGCUCGUCUGCCUCUUUUCAUAGCAACUCUUUGUAGAUGUAGAUUGUUGUACAAUGUGUAACAUAAGAACCUGUCAUCAAGUUUAGUGUUACUUCCAGCUUCAAUAUACGGUACUCGUAAGUAGUUUGAGCUUUUAGAGGAAGAUUUUUGCUUUUGAUGUUGGAUACAUUUGUAAAAUCGAGUAUAACUCGUAAUUACUUGUCAAUAUUUUCUAAGGUUGGAGAUAAGAAAGCCCUGUGGUGAUUCUAGUUC